AUGAACCCCGUCAGCAUCGGGGAGUACCAUGGGCUACGGGUGGGCUCGGCCCUGCUCAGCAUCGUGGCGGGCUGCAUUAUCAUUGGGGUAUCCAGGGAGUGUGACGCUGAUGCUGUAGGAGGUAUCUUCCUGGGAGCAGGAGGCCUCGGCCUGCUCAUAUCGAUCUACCCCUUCAUAAAAGCCUGGCUGAACAUCAACCACAUUCUGCCAUCCUUUGGAAACUUCAGAGUUCACCCCGCGGCCGCCAAUCCUGCUCCUGAACAACCCACAGAAACGCUCAGACGAGAAGGAACUCAGAGUCAGCUAAAUCUGGAACGUUCUAAGAGUCGUAUGGGAACCUUUGUGGAGGGCGGACCAAUGGCUGAGACCAACCCAGAUGAGGGAACGUCUUCAGACAUGCCAGACGUCUUAUCUAGACGGAAGCUAAAGCAGUCGCCUUCUGAUCAAGACCUGCCUUGACGUCAUCACAUGAUCUGACUGACCCACUAAUCUUUAUCAUUUGGUUUAUUCUGAUUCAUUGUGGGUUUUAUUUUGUGUAGAAUUGUUCUGUGAAUUGUCCUAUUUGUAGAGAUCAUCUCAUGAUAUUGUACUUAUGUGGUCUGAUAAACAUAUCCAAGGAUUCAAUUGUGA